UCCAACUCGUGGCGGGACCUCGCCCACCUCGCGAAUUUGGGUCGGAAAUGAAGUGAAAAUUGUUUAAAAUUAGGCAAAAUGCUGCCCGGAAUCGGCGUUUUUGGCACCGGCAGCGUGGUGCGGAUCAUCGUGCCCUUUCUAAGAGCUAAAGGGUUUGUCAUUGAGGCCAUCUGGGGUCGGACGCCGGCGGCUGCACAGCAAACAGCCAAGGAACUCAACAUUCCGUUUUACACUAGCAAAGUGGAUGAAGUCCUUCUGCGCAAAGAUGUAGACCUGAUUUUCGUCCUCUGCUCGCCGCAUUUGCACGCACAGAUUUCUGUGAAGGCACUCGGCAUUGGCAAACACGUUCUAUGCGACCGUCCUUCUGGGAUCAGCCAAAAUGACGCUUUGAAAAUGGUCAAGGCUUCACAAUACUACCCGUCUCUCAUCUCUAUAGUUAACCACAGUCUUCGCUUCUUGCCUGCCUUUACGCUGAUGAGGAAGUGCCUCAGGGACAAUUAUGUAGGCCGGAGGAUUGACCUCUGCGAUGUCCGAAUAAGAAUUUCCAGCUUGAUUGAUGAGUCGGAAGGCUAUGAUUGGACGUGUGAUGAAAGAAUGGGGGGAGGCAUCCUGACUUUGGUUGGAAGCCACGUUGUUGACUUGUUGACAUUUUUGACUGGCUUAAAAGCAACCAGGGUUCAUGGAGUUAUUCGGACAUUUGAGAGCGAAACUGCCAAGGUUCAGGGAAUAAGAAAAGUGACAGCUCCGGACUUCGCAACUUUCCAGCUGGAGUUGGGAGGUCAUAUAAGUGAUUACAAUCUGUUGACUGGCGACCGUCCUCCUCUUUUGGCCACUGUACAAUUGAUGAGCUCUAACCAGGCUGGUACCUUCAGCCAGGAGCUAGUGAUAACUGGCGAGUCAGGAGCUCUCUGGGUCAAAGGUGGUGACCUGCACGGCAGGAGAAAUAACGCCAAGGAGGAAUGUCUCUACCUAGACGUGGAGGACCUAGAGACGCCAACUGGAAGUGAAAGUUUGCCGCGACCGUACAUGAAAGGCUUGCAAAAGAUGGUCGGAGCCUUGAGAGAGGCGUUCCAAAGUGUGGAGGACAGACGAGGCUGGAUCAAAGAACCUGUAGCUGAUGCGGCCACUUUCCAAGACGGCCAAUAUGUCCAGGCUGUAAUGGAGGCCUUGAGAAAGUCAAGCCGACACAUGAGCUGGGAAAGGGUGACCCUGGCCGAUGAGGAGGAGCAGGACCUGAACAACCCUCUUCUAACGAGAGCAGCUGCUAUGCUGCGACACCCGUAACAACUGUCAUGAACACAAUCGCAUUUUUUCGAGGAGCUUUCUCUUCUUUUCAAUCCAACGAGCAAAGUAUUAUCUUGUAACAAAAGUGUAUUAUUAUUAACUGCAUUUCAUUGAAAACUUUAUGAUCAUUCCGCCGAUUUUGACAUCUUCCAUUUUUCUCUAUUUAUUGUCUGUCCGGUCUUUUUAAUAAAAUAUUGAUUUCUCUAUUUAGUAUUAACUUCUACCAAA